UGAAUGCUUCCCGGGAAUCCCAAUCACAGCUUAAAACAGAGUUGAAGGAACUGCAGGAGAGGUACUCCGAAUGUGAGGACAUGCUCCAUGAGGCCAGAGAGGACAUUAAGAACCUGCGCAAUAAGAGUCUGCCCAACAGCACCGUGCAGCGUUACAGUACCCUGGCAGCGGUCGUCCCAAUGGAUUCACUCGCUGCUGAGAUCGAAGGAACCUUCCGGAAAGGCCUAGACAGCCCAGCACCCACUGAAUACAAGAAUCAUCCGUUGCGUGUGUUUGAGACCGUGAAAGUGGCCAAUCAGGGGGCUCGGCUACGUUCCCAGAUUCUGUCUCUGCAGGUUCCGGGUUCGAGCCCCUUCAUCAUUACACUCUAG